CUCGUCAAUCCAACCCGACCAAGACAUGCAGGACGCGCCGCUGCCGCCACGCGGCCAUGUCCCUCUGAGAGACAAACGCCGUCCGUCGGAGGUGCUGGUUGCGGAAGAUCCGUCCAUUGAACUCGUUUGUGCGACAACGCGGUCGACAUCGGUCGAUGUGUCCAAGCUGCAGGCAGCGUUGUUGUCCCUUCCAGAAGACCGAUGGUCGGAAGAGUACCAGACAAAACACAACGUGUCCUUGCGCCGUCCAUUCCACGACAAAGUCGGCGUGAACAAGAUCAUUUGCAUCUUUUCCGACAAUCACCUUGAGCACGUGUACAUGCUCCCAGAGUGGACGCAUUGGCAGCCGCUCGUUGCGCCGAUCUUCGAGCAUCUUCAGAUCCCUCUUGACCGAGUCGUUCGCUGCCUCUUUGCGCGCAUGCCACCCAAGACGUUGAUUCCGCCGCAUCACGACAACGGGCCGUGGGUAGCGCGCACCCAUCGCAUCCACGUGCCGCUGGUCACGUAUCCAGAGGUCGAAUUCAAGAGCGGCCGCGAUGAAGCGUCCAUGGAGCGCUACGCUUUCAACGUCGGCACCGUUGUCGAACUCAACAAUGCAGCCAAGCAUAGCGUAUACAACGGCGCGUCUGACUGGCGGAUCCACAUGAUCUUUGAUGUGCUGGCAGAUCCAUCCGAGGCUGUAGACGGCGCCGCUUCCACGGCGCCCAUCGUCUCGACGCUGCAAGCGGGCCAGCUUUGCCGCCAAGUGCGCGGCCGCGUCGAGCUCGUGACUGAGCUAGACCAAACGUCGACGGAAGCAGCGACAAAAGUGGCAGGCGAGCUGCUCGUGCAACUCAAGAAACGCCUAAGCCGAGAGCAUGGCGAAGCGUUGGCGACGGGCAUUCGGCACUUUUUCAUUGAACAAAUUACUGCAGUGGAAUUCGUGGAUGUCGUGCGAUACAACAGUCCAGACUCCAUGCACGCCGACGUGCUCCAAUUGCUCGAGACAGUCGACCCCGUUAUGGCGAAGGAGGCGGCAGAUGCGCUGGCAAGUUCCACAGACAGCUCCUUCGGUCCAUCGUACUGCAUUUUGGGGGCGCAGAAGUGCGGCACGACGUCGCUUUUUCGCCAGUUGGGUCAGCAUCCUCGAGUGUUGAAUGGAAAGCGGCGCGAACCUCAUUUUUUUGACUGGAUGUGGGGCCAAGCGCUGGCUCUGCGCGUCCCGCCCACGGCGCCGACGCAGGUCCUCUGCGAUCGCUUGUUGAAGCAUUUUGCAUUCCUUCCCAACGGCGCGGUGGAUGGCACGACCGCCCAUGACAUGCGAUGCAAGUACUUGAUGUCGCUACAGGCCCCGCUGGAGACGUUCGACCCGCUCACGAUGCUCUUGGCGGACUCGACGCCCAGCUACUUAUUAUACGGCUCCCCCGUCGCGCAGCGCAUGCGCCAGUUGCUCCCGUCCACUCGUUUCAUUGUCGUGUUGCGCAACCCGAUUCAGCGCGCGUACUCGCAAUACCACAUGACAGCCGACCCGCACGGCACGCCACACCAGCUCGCGAUGCGCAAAGCUGUGCAAGGCAAAUCUUUUCAAGACGUCGUCGACGAAGACCUGCGGCGGCUCCAGGGGGUCCAAGCAGCUCCAACUUCGCUGGAAGCGUUCCAGGCGUACGCUGACGCCCUCCCGCAGGACCACGGGUCGCACUCGUACCUUGGCCGCGGGUUGUACGCGCUACAGCUCCGCAUUUGGUUCCAACACUUUCCCCGCGACCAAUUUCUCGUUUUGAACGUCGAUGCCAUGGACACUCCCGAAGCCACACAGACGACGCUCCAUCACGUGUGCCAAUUCCUGCGGCUCCCGCCCUUCACCCUCCAGGACUCGGCGCGGCAAAACACGCGUGCGUAUGCCCCCAUGGACGAUGCCAUCCGCGACAGCUUGCGUGCGUUCUAUGCGCCGUACAAUGCCAUGUUGCACGACCUCCUUCCCGACUUUGCCUUUUCGUGGUCGUAAAUAGACGCGAUUCAUUUGGUC